ACUGCACGCGUGCAUGACCCGAUAUCAAGUUCACACUCGCGCGUGAGAUUGGCACCGCAGAAGCAGCAGUCAGCAAUGACGAGGAGGCAGUGGUUCCUCAGGCUAUGACCCGUCGCCGUCGCAUCAUCGGCAGCUUCCCCCUCCCAGCGAAGCCCCUCCGCCUCCGUCUCCGCUUUCGGCUCCCGUCAGUGCUCGGCCUCGUCCAGUCGCUACCUUUUCGCUUCGCCAGAGCCUCCCUCCGCCUCUGCAGGUCCGUCGCCUCCAUAAUCCUCUCCUCCUACCCCUCCGCCGGAUCCCUCGCACGCCUCCUGCCUUCUCUGUCCAUGGAUGAUCUCCUCGCCCCUGACGACUGCCUCUUCGACCUUGAGUAUGGCUCCCGCUCCCUGCCGCUCCUCCGGUAUAUCCCCGACGAUGAUUCCGACGAUCUUGCCCGGGAGAAGGUCUACCUCGUCCCUUACGGGUGGUGGAAAGAGGCUCGUCACUGCACUGCGGAGGAAAUAGUGGGUGUUCGGUACUCUGCAGAUUCAGUGGAUGCUUCUGACUCGCAAAUCUUGCUGGAUUUGCAUAGAGAAGAUACAAGUAAGAGUGAAGAUGAAGAAAUAUUUUUGGGUCGUGAAUUUGCCUUGGUUCGGGAAGGAACAUGGUUGCAGGCUCUCAGAUGGCAACAAAAUUCUAACAGAAUGGAAAAUACUGCUGUGACAGUAGCUGCGACGAAUCUAAUGCACGAUGUGUUUCCUUUGAAGAUCAGGCUUUCUGUUUCAGCAGUUGCAGAGUCACUGCGAGUUAGAAUAAGCCAACUGGAUAAUCCAAUGGAGUUUUAUCGGUGGGCCUUUAAUAUCUUUAGUGCGGAAAAUGACCUGUUAUGCAUCUGGGACUUCUCGGGGCAGACUACCUUAUUUUUCACUGAUGCUACUGAUUCUGCCAUUGGCUUGUCAGAACUUCCAGCACAAGAGGUUUUACUGGAAUUGGAGGCACAUGGAUUGUCAGGUUCCAUGGACAUGCAGGGAAGGGAUGAUGAAAUCUCAAUGUUUGAUUCCAAGAUAGAUGGAUAUUCAUGCAGUGACUCACUUGGGUUGAGUGGGAUCAACAGCGACGUCCACUCUCUUGCAAGCACAUCAAGUUCCUCACGUUCUUGUAAUUCCAGUGGAAUGUUAAGUUUGUUGGGACUGAAAGGAUUGCAAAAUCUUGGUAAUACGUGUUUCAUGAACAGUGCCAUCCAAUGCCUGGUUCAUACUCCGAAGCUUGUAGAUUAUUUCCUGGGAGAUUUUCAGAAAGAGAUAAAUUGUGAAAACCCCUUGGGGAUGCAGGGAGGUCUUGCUUUAGCAUUUGGAGACUUAUUAAGAAGGAUAUGGGCUCCCGGAUCCACCCCAGUUGCUCCCAGAUUGUUUAAGUCAAAACUUGCUUAUUUUGCCCCCCAAUUUAGUGGUUAUAAUCAACAUGAUUCUCAAGAACUUCUUGUCUUCUUGUUAGACGGACUCCAUGAAGAUUUGAACCGUGUAAAGCAUAAGCCUUAUAUAGAAAUCAAGGAUGCAGGGGAUCGUCCAGAUGAAGAAGUAGGAAAAGAAUACUGGGACAAUCAUCUAGCUCGUAAUGACUCCAUAAUUGUUGAUGUUUGUCAAGGUCAGUACCGGUCGAAGUUGGUGUGCCCUUUUUGCAAAAAGGUGUCUGUUACAUUCGAUCCUUUCAUGUACCUGACAGUUCCAUUGCCUUCAACGGCAAUGCGUUCGAUGACCCUCACAGUGAUUAGCAGUGAUGGGACCACGUUGCCUUCUUCCUUUACAAUUACUGUACCCAAGGAUGGAAUGCUGAAAGAUCUCAUGGAGGCUUUAACCAGUGCAUGUUCUUUAAGAAACGACGAAACCCUUGUGAUGGCUGAGGUAUUCAACAACAACAUUAUCCGAUAUCUUGACGAUCCAACAGACUCCUUAGACUUGAUCAGAGAUGAAGAUCGUAUUGUUGCAUAUCGGUUACCCAAAGAAAGUGAGAUGUCCUUUUUGGUGGAGUUCAUCAAUGAAAGAAGGGAUUUCUCCAGCAAGCCAAGUCAAUUUGGGGUUCCACUUUUGGCAAGGGUUGCUGAUCCAUCAUUUGGAUCCGACUUAAGGAAACAGUUCUUGAAGUUGGUUAACCCGCUCCUGAAGCAAAGUCAAGAUGCAUCGAAUGCCUAUGAUGAUACUGAACACUCAGCUUCUACUAAUGAUGAUUCCGAGAUGGAAGAUGCUCAUACUCCAUGGGACACAGAAUCGGAAGCUGAAACAGAAGAUGAUCCAUAUUCUAGCAAUGCUUUCCAAUUUUCUUUGAUAGGUUCCUCAAAGGUAAAAAUGAAUGAACAACUAAAGGUCUCCAUGUACGAGAAGAGCUAUGUACACGUCUUUUGGCCAGAGAAAAUGAUCGAGAAGUAUGACAUAAAUGUUCUAGGUAGUUUGCCUGAGAUUUGCAAGCCCCAGUUGUUUGCAAGAAGGCCUCAGGAGUCUGUAUCCUUGUAUAAAUGCCUAGACGCUUUCUUGAGAGAAGAACCUCUGGGACCAGAGGACAUGUGGUACUGUCCAAGCUGCAAAAAGCAUCAGCAAGCUAGUAAAAAGCUGGACCUGUGGAGGUUGCCGGAGAUUCUGGUUAUUCAUCUGAAACGAUUCUCGUAUAGCUGGUCUUUGAAGAACAAGUUAGAGACAUUUGUCGAUUUCCCCAUUAAUGAUCUUGAUCUCUCGGGUUACCUUGUCCAUAGUAUCAGUAAUUUUCCCUGUAAAUAUGAUCUUUAUGCAAUCAGUAAUCACUACGGAGGCUUGGGAGGUGGUCAUUAUACAGCAUUCAUCAAGCAUGGACAAGGAAGAUGGUACGAGUUUGAUGAUGAGCGGGUUUCUCCCAUUAGAUUGGAUGAGAUAAAGACGUCUGCUGCAUAUGUUCUUUUCUACCAGCGGGUCCCAGGAUAAUGGCGACUGUAUCCUGUGAAUCUGUGUUUGUUACAUUUUAGGGGAGAAGGGCACCGAUACUGUUUUUGGGUAAACAAUCUUUUGUUGCCGGGUAGGAAUUGGAGUUCAACCUCAGAAAGACACCAUAUCCAACUUGAAAUGAAAGGAAAAGAGAAAAAGGGACAGUCCUCACAGUUGUUGAUUGUUCCAAGCUAUGUUGCAAUCAACGUGGCAUGGUUGCAACCAAACGGUGCAAUUACAUAUAUGAUAGGAUAUUCCCAUCUCUUAUCGGUUGAUUCAAUCACCGAUGGUGUUUCAUAUUGGUGGCCUGGAGAAGUCGGGAUAGAGGGACAGCAACUAUUUUGAUUGAUUUAGAAGCUGCACAUUCAUAAUACACAGGAAGUAGAGGUGUAUGCCUUUUGUUUUAAGUUGAAAUUUUGCUAUGCACAUAGUAGACAUCAUGAACAUGAGAAAGGGAAAUAUGGAAUUGCUUCUAUUCUUUCUCUUCAA